GUAGCUGCUCACACACCAGCCUGAACAGUUGUGCUGCUGAGGGUAAAGAGAGCACAGCAUCUCCAUUGAUCAUGCAACCGGCUUUCUUCUCCCUCAUCCUGACUGCCGUACAUGUGUCUGUACGGGUGGAUUGUACGCCGAGGCCCCGGGGCCCCGAGACGCUGCUGCAACCUGAGCAGAGCAGCUCCACCACAGGAGCACAUGAUCCAUCAUACACUUCUACGGGACGUUUCCACUGGGAGCUGAGUGGAUCAGGGAGAAAAGGCAUUCACAGACACUUCCUGGUUAUUUUGCCAGUGAGAACAGAUACAAGCAACUUUGUGUCAAUAUUUGAUUUGAGAAGAAAACGCUUCCUCUGCAUGGACUCAAAGGGAGAGCUGUACAACUCUAGGCAGAAGGACAGAGAAGAUUGUCUCUUCCAGCGCAUUUGGUUAGACUUGAACCACCAUGAUGUGUUUUACUCUAUGAGUGGAAACCGGCUGCUCAAACUGGACGGAGCGGAGCUGCGAGUUGCUUCCCAGGAGCCAGCUGAAGUCUCCUCAGGCCUGGUGCAGAGGUUCCUGGGCCCCUUGGUGAAGAGACAGAGGAGGAGUGAGGAGGUGAACCCCUCUGAUCCAUUAAGAUCACAGUCACAUCCUUCACCUUCUGCCAAGGAUCACCAGGACAAUGUGCAGCCCGACCAGGACCAGGCCGGUUCUCAGUCCAAAGAGACCAUCGCCUCCAGUGAUGAUGACCCUCUGAGGGUCUUACAGCCCAACGGGCCCGGCAGUCCAGUCAAGAAUAACAUCGCAGACCGAGCAGAACAAGCCUAACGGACUGGGUUUAAGGGGUGAAAAGUCAAGAGGGGCUGCAGGUCUUUCUGUUUGUUCUGAAACUGUUUAACUGCAGCAGAUACUCCUCGACACCUUGUCCUGCAUCUGUGGAGCGCAGUUUGAGUGACAGCUUCAGAACGACUUGCAGAGAGCUGCUAGAGUCACAGUGACACUGGAGGGCUUCUUAAACACCAAAGCAUUCAAUAUUUUACAACAUCUCAAAGAACAGACAGCAUAUCAUAAAAUCCUUGAGUCCAAUUUUGCAGAAUUAGUCUUCACGGUACUAUUGUCAUUGGUCAUGUACUCAUAAAGCAUGUUACAUAACAGCUUGAACAUAUCUUCUGUUUGAACAGCAGACGAAGGAGAAGUUUGGCAACAUUCUCCACAAUCAUGCAGCGAGUUAGCUCCAGCGUCCCGCUGACCUCUUCUGUCGGUUAAAUUUUAAACCUCGGGUCAGAUGUGGCAAUGUUUGUUUUGUAAAAAUAUGUAAUCUGUAAGUAAUUAUGAAUAUUUAUGCAUACAUUUGUUGAUACAAUAAAGCUUCAAAACAGGAGUUUACAAACUAAACAAAAACAGACCAGUACAAACUGUAAAAGAAAAAAAAAUCAUCUGCUAUUUGUAGCCAUAUGCAGGGUGCCGGACACCAUAGUCACAGCCAUGAAAAGGUAUUUAUUUAUUGAAAUGUGUUAAAUGACUUCCUUCGUAGCCUACUGUUUUAUUAUUUAUAUAUUUCAUGCUGUGCUAUUUCUGAUGUGGAAAAAUAAAUGGUAACUGUUCUGUGGAUUGUCUGUCUUAGUCAUUGCUUCCAUGAUCACUUAUAUAUCAACUGAUCAUUGAUAAAAGUAAAAGUAAUAAUAAAAGUGAUACAUACUGAAGGAAAAAGAGCAGCUCUGAAUAAAUGUUUCCUCUUCACUACAGUUCACAUUUUCAUUGAGGGCCAUUAAAACAAAAUACCAAAAAAUAAUACUUCUGCAGUCGGUUAUGGUAGUGACAGUUCAAAUGUUCCUGGCUACAAAUAUCUGCACAAUACCUGCUAG